AGUUUGAAGCCUGACUUGUUUUCGUCGACGUCGACACGAGGAAUUAUGCACCGAUUCUCCAGACUGACGGCUUUCGCGCGUUCCUACAGCGCUCAGGCCAACGUGCAACCGAUCCGGAGUCCAGACAUCAGAGUGACACAGCUCUUCAUAAACAAUGAGUUCGUGAAUAGCGCUUCCGGGAAGCGCUUCGACACCGUGAAUCCGGCGACGGGCGAGAAAAUCGCCGAGGUUUCUGAGGCCGACAAGCAAGAUGUCGACAAGGCAGUCAAGGCUGCGAGCGAGGCUUUCAGAUUGGGUUCUGACUGGCGCCAAAUGGACGCUUCCCAGAGGGGUGUGCUACUCAAUCGCCUGGCUGACUUGAUGGAGCGCGACAGAGUCUAUCUCGCCUCCCUGGAAACGCUGGAUAACGGCAAGCCGUUCAACGACGCUUUCAACGUUGAUCUCGAACUGUCGAUUCGGUGUCUCCGAUACUACGCCGGUUACGCUGACAAGAACCACGGGAAGGUUAUCCCAAUCGAUGGGGAGUAUUUUGCUUUUACGAAGCACGAGCCCGUCGGAGUAUGUGGUCAGAUAAUUCCGUGGAACUUCCCGCUCUUGAUGCAGGCCUGGAAGCUUGGCCCCGCACUCGCAAUGGGCAACACUGUGGUGAUGAAGCCUGCCGAACAGACUCCUCUGACGGCGCUGUACGUAGGGCAGCUCAUCAAGGAGGCCGGUUUCCCUCCGGGGGUCGUCAAUCUUCUCCCCGGGAUGGGACCAUCGGCAGGACAAGCCAUCGCUUGUCAUCCUGAAGUGAACAAGGUCGCGUUCACCGGCUCAACUUCAGUUGGCCAGCUGGUGAUGAAAGCUGCAGCUGAAUCGAACAUCAAACGGGUCACUCUCGAACUCGGCGGCAAAAGUCCGAACAUGGUGUUCGCCGAUGCCGAUAUCGAUCAAGCUAUCGAGACCGCUCAUUUCGGGCUGUUUUUCAAUCAGGGACAGUGCUGUUGUGCCGGAACGAGAAUAUUCGUUGAGGAGAAAAUACACGACCAGUUCGUCGAGCGCAGCGUCGAGCUAGCGAAGCAGCGGGUAGUGGGAGACCCCUUCGCUCAGGAAACCACUCAGGGUCCCCAGGUCGAUGAAACCCAGAUGAAUAAAAUCCUCGAACUCAUCGACUCCGGCAAGAAGGAUGGAGCCAAGUUGCUCACUGGAGGAGUCCGCGCUGGAAGCAAAGGAUACUUCGUGCAGCCGACGGUGUUUGGCGAUGUUACGGAUAAUAUGCGGAUAGCUCGUGAAGAGAUCUUCGGGCCAGUAAUGCAAAUUCUGAAGUUCAAAUCCAUGGAAGAGCUCGUCCGAAGGGCCAACAACUCGGAAUACGGCCUGGCAGCCGCGAUUUUCACCAAGGAUCUCGACAAAGCAAUGUAUAUGAGUAAUGCUCUACAGGCUGGGACUGUCUGGGUCAAUUGCUACGAUGCUCUGGCUGCCCAAGCUCCCUUCGGUGGAUUCAAGAUGUCUGGUCUAGGGCGAGAGCUCGGUGAAUACGGUCUGCAAGCUUACACAGAAGUCAAAACCGUUUGCAUAAAGGUUCCACAGAAGAACAGCUAGAAUGUCCGCUACACCUCUAUGACAUGGAGCGAACCAAUCGAUUCAUUUCCGAGCCGGUAUACUCCGUAUGAUGGACUUGAAUAAAAUUAAAAACUCAUUUUAA